AUGCCCGAUAUGAGUGGGACUAAAAGAACCCUUCUGAAGUCGUUUAUCGGUAGCAAUAUAGUUGCACUAGGUGCAGGUACGCCAUAUAUUUAUUCCUAUUAUGCCCCUAAACUACUCGAGAGAUGUAAUAUUCCAAUAUCAAAAAGUAGUUCUAUAUCAUUUUCCCUUAACAUCGGCAGUUCAUUGUUGGCAAUGUUUGCUGGUAUGAUUAUCGACUAUAACCCGGCAAUAUCCUGCCUAGUUGGAGGUGUUACAACAUUCAUAGCGUAUGGAAUCCUACAUAUUUGUCAUGCAAAUGCUUUAUCAAACGUAUAUCUCAUAUCGUUUGCACUAGUUUUAGUCGGAUUCGGUUCAAUAUCUGGAUUCUUUGCUGGUGUCAAAGUAUGUACUGCAAAUUUCCCAAGAAAUAGAGGUACUGCUACUGCAUUCCCCAUCUCGUUAUAUGCCCUAUCUGGCAUGGUGUUCUCAAUGAUAUGUGCAAAAUUGUUUGGAGAUGACAUGCUAGGCGUCUUUAGAUUUCUCCAAAUUGCAUGUACCAUAAUGAUAUUAGUAGGAACUUUUACUCUCAAAAUUGUUACUGUGUCGUUUGAAGAUGAAGAACCAAAGGAUACUGAGAAUGGAGAUACUGAGAAUGACAAUUAUAAUUUUAACACUAUUUAUCAAGGCGGAGGACAACUAGAGAGUAGCACUUCUGUAGACCAAAUCUCAGACAAUGAGAGAGUUAUUGCAAAUUAUAGUAAUAAACAUACCAGGUCAAAAAGCGAUAUGAUUCACACGAAUACACACCCAUCAGCUGAAAGGUCAUACGACAUUUUUGAGGAUCCUGUGACUGCAAUUACAACUUUCACUUCCAACCAAGAAGGGUCGAACAACAGCAUUGUUUCACAACGUAAUUCGUUUUCCACAGAAUCUAGGGAACACGAUAUACAUAAUGAAGCUAAUAAUAUUACAGCUUUAAGAAGAGACACAAUAUCAGAGGGGGACGAAGAAGAAACCAGUUUUGAGAGAUAUUUCGCUUCUAAUAUCCUAUUAAAGUUACAAAAUAACAAAGUUAUACAGACUAUAAUAGACCCAAAAUAUUUGGUAUUCUAUGCAAUCUUAGCAAUUCAAAUGGGUAUUGGACAAAUGUACAUAUAUUCCGUGGGAUUUCUCAUUCAAGUUCAAGUGAAUACACCUCCAAUUUCAGAUUAUCAUUUAGACAUGGCCAAAUUACAGGCCUUCCAAAUAUCUAUGUUUGCCAUCUUCUCAUUUUGUGGGAGAUUAACUUCUGGCCCAACAUCAGAUAUUUUGGUUCGAAAAUUUAAGUGCCAAAGAUUAUGGAAUAUUUUUUUUGCGAGUUUUCUAGUAUUAGUGGCCUCACAUUUUAUCACAUAUAGUUAUAAUGUCGACGAAUAUGAAUCACGAAAGACCGAUAGCAUUCCAUCGAUCAAAAAUAUUUCUAUAUGCACAACCAUAUUUGGUUAUGCAUUUGGAAUGAUCUUUGGAACGUUUCCAUCAAUUAUAGCUGAUACGUUUGGUACAGAUAGUUUUAGUACCAUUUGGAGUAUAUGCACUACAGGUGGCGUAUUCACAGUUAAAUUUUUUACAAGUAUCCUAGCACAUGAUUUAUCAUCAAAUUCGAAAGAAAACGAAAAUCUAUGCAAAAUAGGUACUUCAUGUUACAAACACACAUUUAACACGAUAUUUGACAUCUGCCUUGUUGGCAUUACGCUAACUGCAAUGAUGAUAUUUGGUUCGUACUGGGAAAAUCAAAAAAGGCUGUCAAAUGAAAGCGCAGAUAUUAAUGAAACAAUACAGUUACAAUCAGAUCAAUAG